GCGGCUAUUGAAUCAAGCAUAGCGAUGUCUGCAGUCUUUGGGCAAGACCAACAUAGUUCAUCUUUUAUUGAACGCCUUUUUUAAUUUCGGCUUUGAUUAUGAUUUCUUUUACUCGCAUGUUAAUCUGGUGGAUUUACGUUAAUCAGGUCCAUGAACUUCCUCUAUUUUCUGUCAUCCUAUUCUGUUCCGUGACUUUGUUCUAUCCAACUCGUUUCUGGGAUCGAUGGACCCAGUCUUCGGGUACGAUCAUGACUUAUUGUACCAAGGUACAACUUGGAAUACCUGCCAGCAGAACAGCGCCAUGUGUUUAUCUUUUAUCUCAUGGUUGGCAGAGACAAGCAGUUUCUUCGAUUUGCACCAUACCUUUUAUAUCGUUCCAUUUUUCGUUGCUUGCAUCUGUCUCGUUCAAUUGACGAAAUACCAUACAAAAGCACAGGUUAGGCCUGAGGCUGUACUGUACUCUACAUAAUCUACUGCCGAGUAUUUCAAAAUCCUGACCUUCCACUUAAGUUACCCGUAGUAUAUAUUAUCUAGACCUAUGCAAGUAG